CAGCUUUAUUUAUCACUCUGGGUUGCAAUGGCAUAAGNCCCUCAUGCCCAGGACCCUGGAGGGGCAGAUCACCAUGGAGAAGACCCCCAGCUACUUCGUCACCAAGGAGGCCCCGGCGCGCAUCUCCUCCAUGUCCAAGGGCACGAAGCUCAUCGUGGUGGUGCGGGACCCCGUGACCAGAGCCAUCUCGGACUACACCCAGACGCUCUCCAAGAAGCCCGACAUCCCCACCUUUGAGAGCCUGACCUUCAAAAACAGGACUACGGGCCUGAUCGACACCUCGUGGAGCGCCAUCCAGAUUGGCAUCUACGCCAAGCACCUGGAGAACUGGCUCCUCUACUUCCCCAUCGGGCAGAUCCUCUUUGUGAGCGGGGAGAGGCUCAUCAGCGACCCCGCGGGGGAGCUGGGACGGGUCCAGGACUUUCUGGGCCUCAAGAGGAUCAUCACCGACAAACACUUCUACUUCAACAAAACCAAGGGCUUCCCGUGCCUGAAGAAGGCAGAAGGCAGCAGCAAACCCCACUGCCUGGGCAAGACAAAAGGCAGGACCCACCCCGACAUAGACCAGGAGGUGGUGCAGAGACUGCGGGACUUCUACCGGCCCUUCAACAUGAAGUUCUACCAGAUGACGGGACAGGACUUCGGCUGGGACUGA